AUGGCGUCGUGCACGGGGUUCCCGCGGGCCGGUGAGGUUGUGCGGGGAGGCUGCCGGCGUCAUGGCGAGGCGGCCGGGGCCUGGGCGAGUGAGAGGAGGCGUGAGGCGAUGGGGCACGGCGGCGUUCCGUCGCGUCCGGGGGUUGCCAUCGGGCGCGUCCUGGCGCGGGUGAGCGUCUUACGGGCGCGUCUGGGCGUGGUCUGGACGAGCAGCUGCUGGUCAAUGCCGACGUCGUCUCGGGUCAGCGCGUGCAUGGUCGGCUUCGGGAGGGUCGGGGAGAUCGAACGGCCAAAAGUGUAUACCAGCCGUCGCACCACUCGCGGACUCGCCCGUACGGGCUCAGCUCAGGACACACGACACCACAGGCGGCGGCGGCCCCGUGCGGAAGCGGGGAUAGCCAUCGCGAUGAGGUCCGCCGCGAGGCACGCCCUGCUCCCGUCGCUACUGCCGAGCAACCCUGGCACCUUCUUCCUUCACAGCCAGCCGGGGCGGUUCCUGCCACACGCUCACGGCUUGCGGCCGUGUCGCGCCGCGAGCUCUCUUCCCGCCGGGGAGUACCUUCCUCCCUUGUUCAGCGUGGCGCCAAUGAUGGACUGGACGGACAACAACUACAGGACGCUCGCGCGGCUGAUUUCGAGGCACGCCUGGUUGUACACGGAGAUGGUCGUCGCCGAGACCAUUGUGCACCAGAAAGAUAGCUUGGACAAAUUUUUAGCAUUUCCUGCUGAACAGCAUCCUAUUGUCUUGCAAAUUGGUGGAAGCAAUCUUGACAAUUUGGCGAAGGCAACUGAACUAGCAAGUGGUUAUUCAUAUGAUGAGAUCAACCUGAAUUGUGGUUGCCCCAGCGGCAAAGUUGCUGGUCACGGAUGCUUUGGUGCUCGCUUAAUGUAUGAUCCAGAGUUUGUAGGGGAUGCUAUGUCAGCUAUUGCUGCCAAUUGUGAUGUCCCUGUUAGCGUGAAAUGCAGAAUUGGAGUUGACAAUCAUGACUCCUACCAAGAGCUUUGUGAAUUUGUAGAUACGGUUGUUUCAAAGUCACCAACUAGGCAUUUUAUCAUUCAUGCCCGGAAGGCGUUGCUCAAUGGUCUCAGUCCUGCGGAGAAUCGGAAGAUUCCUCCUUUAAAGUAUGAGUAUUAUUAUGCUUUAUUGCGGGACUUCCCAGAGGUACAGUUUACACUAAAUGGAGGCCUAACGAGUAUUGAUCAAGUUAGUGCAUCCAUAAGACAUGGUGCCCAUCGAGUUAUGGUUGGUCGUGCUGCUUACAAUAAUCCAUGGAAUAUGCUCGGGCAUGUGGAUAGUGAAAUUUAUGGCGUGACAACAGGUUGCUCUUCACGUCGUCAGAUCCUUGAGAACUACCAAGUUUAUGGUGAUUCUGUAAUUGGACAGUAUGGCAUCAGCAGACCAAACGUGAGGCAACUUGUUAAGCCGUUGCUACAUUUGUUCCACUCAGAACCUGGCAACGGUUUGUGGAAGCGUAAGGCUGAUUCAACAUUGCGUCAUUGCAAGACACUUGCACAAUUCUUGGAGGAAACUCUUGAUGCCAUUCCAGACUCUGUCCUUGACGCACCCAUAUCGAGAGAGACGUCCAUGGAGGAAGCAUACUUCGCCCAUGUGGAUUCUUUAAUGCCGCCAAGAUACACAAAACAGGCAAUCGGCAGCUACGAAAGCCCGGCACUCGUAACCGCGUCUACUUGAGCUACCAGAGCUUCCAGGAGAAGUUAAAAGUCAAAUACUUUCUUUUGCGAUGACAAGAGCUCGUGUUUCAUUGGUCAAGAGGAGGAUGAUAGUCAUAGAGUAGAUUGUUAGAGCAUGUCUAGCAGGCCCCUUACUUUUCUGCCCCGUAUUUCGCCACUUUUUCGCCCGUAUAAAAAAAAAAUGCUCGUAGAUACUACA